CCUGCAUUAUCAACCCGGCGAAAGCGCUUUAUUUUGAUAAAUUUUCGUUGUUGAUCGUCUUCCUUAGUUUAUCGCAAUUAAAAUAGUGAAAUUAAAUAAUCAGUUGGUGUAACAAUGUCUGUACCGAGAGCUCUACCACAGAGUAAAGAGGCCCUGUUGAAAUCCUACACAACUAGACUGAAAGAAGAUGUAAAAUCCAUGCUAGAGAAUUUUGAAGAAAUCAUAAAAUUGGCCAAAGGGGAGAAUGACUCGCAGUUGUCUAGGAUGACUCAGUGUGAACAAGACACUUACGAAAUGCACGUGAGAGCUGCUAACAUCGUGAGAGCUGGCGAAUCCCUGAUGAAACUUGUUUCUGAUAUCAAACAGUAUCUGAUCCUCAAUGAUUUUCCAUCUGUUAAUGAUGCCAUUGCGACGAAUAGCAAAUUGUUCAGGCAGAAACAGGCGGAGUGUGAUCAAAAACUGGCUGCUUUAAGGGACGACAUGGCUACUGAUCUUUAUGAUUUAGAGGAGGAGUAUUACACGUCUAUUUAUAAAUGAUUUUUGGACUACUUAGGUAUUCAAUUUUUUAAAAAUUUAAUGGAAGACCCUAGCACUUUUUGCAAGAUGCUCGAGCUAUAUUUAUCUGAAGGCUGUGAGCGGUUCAUUGGAAUUUUGUUGACAUUAUAAUUCCAUAGAUGUUUUCUUUAUAAUUAUCUGAAUUCUUAUAGCAUCUUAAUUGGAAUUUAAUCGGAAGAGCUAGGGUAUUUAUAUAUAUCGAAUCGCUGGGAGGAGCUCCAUGUUGCAUUCGAGGAUCUCGUUCUUUCUCAUUAAGUCACUGUCAUUGUUAAUAUUCAAGUCGAGCCACAUUUGUAAUAUAUAGGUAUAAUAUAUACGGUAAUUAAAUAAAUGCUAUUUUUUACAUUAACAAGAA